AAUAAUUAUCUUCAGUUUUACUCAGCGAGAUCCAAACUUUUUCAAACGUUGAUUCAGUCGACAUCAGUCCUAACAUUAGCAUGCGGUGCUGAACCACGUGAGAAUAAGUCUUAUAAUCUAGAGAAUGGAAAGUCAAGUUAAUGAAGCAGGUGUACUCGAUGAUAUGGAAAUUGUCGUCAAAUGUGAAAAGCACGUUAUCGAUGAGGUUACAGCAACGAGUGUUUGCAAUGAAGUUCCUGCACAAAAAUCUCAACAAGAUGUGAUAGUAGAUUGUAGCCCUAAUUCUGAAGAAGAGGAUGAAAACUCCAUGCUUCUAGAAAUAGAAUCAUCAAAAUCUCAGGCUUCUGAAGUAGCAGCUGGUGAAGGAUGUGUUUUGCAAUUGGAGUCAAAUCACGAAAAUGAAGAUGUAAUUGUCGAGCAAGAGAACAAGACGGAUCAUCAUGAAACCAUUGAAAACGCUGCCAAAAGUUGUACCCCACACUGUACCACAUCUACAUCAGGGGAAAAUGUGACAUCUGACCAAUUACAGAAUACUGUUGAAUUUGUUCAACUAUUGGAGGCAGACUUGAUUCCCCCAAAAGAAAACCAGAUUUCAAAGCAACUCACUCAAGAAAUACAAGUUCCACCUUUACAGGUUGCAGAAGCUUGUGAGAAAAAAGCUCUGGCGCACGAAGGAACUCUUGAUGCAGUGAAAGAUAAAGAAAGUAGCUGUUUGGAAAAAAUCUUAACUAAGAACCCAAGUGAGCUGUCAGUUAAUGAAGAGUUUAAUGGAGCAGAAACUACAAAAGAAAAUCACCAUGAUGAUAAAAUCUCAGUUGAAGAAUCCGAUGCUGUUGUGUUGGAAACCACUGCAAGUAUUCAAGAAGUUAAUAUGGAAAACAUAGCAAAUUCAAAUCUUGAACCUGUUGAUGAGGAUCCAAUCUCGAGGAGGUUCACAUUACUCAAGAAACGAGUUGAUAGAAGUCUUACCCUCUGCUCUAAAAGCCUGGUUGAAGACUUCCUCUCUGUUAAAAAAUUCUUUGAAGAAAUAGAUCAACAAGAAACUCUACUUCAAGAAAUGGCAUCCCAAGCUGACCUCCUGAAGUCAAUACUAGAAUCUGCAGAACAGUUACCAGAAGAACUGAAAGUUAGUGUUCUUGACCACUUGGAGGCAUGCUUUAACGUAGGUCAUUGGCUGGAGAAAUCAGUAAAAACGAAGCAACUUGCUGAGUGCAGGCAAUUGUUGAACAAAGUCUAUGUUUCGCUGAAAUAUAGUGGGAUCUCUAAAGUAAAAACCAUCAUCGAGCAGCAUUCGCAAGGCACGUCGAAAUCACCAAUGUUAGAACUUUCACGAGAAGAUGUGCAAGAGGUUUCAUGUGAUCCGUUUCUCGUCACCGUCACACACAUCGUUGAUCCGGGAGAGUUUUAUAUUGUCCGAUUUUGCGAUAAAGCAAGACUGGACAGAAUCCUUUCAGAUCUCAGAGACAACGCAUCUUCUUAUCCGACUCCAUCAGAAAUUACUCCCGGCAUCGUGUAUACCGUUUGCAACAGUGGUCUCAAUUGGUUUCGUGGCUCUUGUGGAAAACAGUGUGGAAGCCAGGUAAUUGGGGAUCAUCCUCCCGAAAUCCUUUACGAAUUUUUCAUGAUUGAUCAAGGGCAUCACGAAAAGAUCCCUGCUUCGUCUAUUCGCAUUCUACCUCAAGAGCUUUCGAAUUGUCCUCCAUUCGCCCAUGAAUGCACUCUAAAUCAAAAUUUUCAGGGUGCUCCUUGGAGUAUUCAAGCAACCACUCUUUUCAAGCAGAUGACAAGGCAAUCCCUAAUGAAUAUGAAGGUUUUCAGUCAACACGGAGGAGUUCUAGAAGUUGAUCUUGCCCAGCUAAUCAGCUUUGGGGAAGCAGCAAACAUCGUUUCUGUUAGAGACGCUUUGUUUUUCUCACAUCGGCCAUCGUCUACUGAACCACCGAAAAAGAAAUUCAAGCAGAAAUUUGCUGUUGAAGAACUCGAUCAUUCCAAACAAUUUUCUGUUAUCGUGACUGCAGCAGAAUCCCCCAGUAACAUCUAUUUUCAAGUGGUGGACGAACAAUGUACUGAAUAUCGACAAAUGAAACAGGAAUUACAGACUGAGAUGGAAAAUGCCAGCACGCCUUUUAGUUUUUCACAAAUUCAAAAAGGUUGUAUUUGUGCUGCCAAAUAUCGUGGACUAUGGUAUCGAUGUAUGAUCGAAGAUAUCUAUCAACACAACAGGGUGCUUAUUUUCUACGUGGAUACAGGACACCGUCUAAGGGGAAACUUUUCCGAUUGUUUCAACCUACCGGAAAGGUUUUUCCAUCUGCCUGCUCAAGCAAUACGUUGCAAGCUUGAUGGCAUCAUUUGCAAGAAUCCGCGGGCACCAAUGGUUUACCAAAAUCGGCGUAAUCCAAUGGUCAAAUGGUCACAGGAAUCGAUAGAAAUGGUACACAGUUACCGUGACUUGCGUGGAGUCGUCAUUGUAGAGCAUUGGAUGCACGGUGACGUAGGGCGCCUGAACCACGAACUGACUGCCUGUGUCGUUUUAUAUAAAGACGGCGAGAAUUCAAGCCUCAAUUUCUGUCUGUCCCACAACGAUUAUGUCGCCACCAGCAAGAACCAAUCCCAUCCAGAACAUGCCACCAUCAGAUCGAGUCUCGCUGCGCAAAGACGAAUUUCUCAGUCUACGUCCAUUAAUUCGGUCGGUAGCGGGUCAUGUGUUCCGUCAACAGACGUCUCUAUUGCAUCUCCGAUCCCUUCUGAGAUGAGCACUCUUUCGCAGCCUUUAAUCUGCACAUCCGAUCCGAUCUCUACCGACCCCAUUUCGAUUGAAACUGAUGUCCAAGUAUCUCGAGGGGAAAAAAAAGGACAGCGCGAUUUCUACCAACACGAAGACGGCGAAUCAAACCAAUUAGCCAAUGCCCCUUCAUGUAGCUUCGAUCAUCUGUCAUCUACUGACCAACAAAGUGUCGGAGACCCUUUAUCUGCUGGCAACGUAACUGAGUUGCUACCUUCUGUUAAUUCCGCGACUAAUGCUCAAGAAUCCAUUGCAUGUGACGUUUCUUCGUCAACGCAACUGCCAGUUUCAGACUCAGAGGCCAAGGCAAUUUUAGUUAACGAAGCAGCUAACGGAAGCAAUAUUGAAGCGUGUAUUCCGAAUUCGUGGAAACACUUCAAAUUCCAGUUUGGAAAGGCAUCGACAUCUCAAUCAAGGAAGAAUGAAUCGCUUAAUACGCCAGUGGACAAACCUCUUCUUGAAGAUUUCCGUCGUGUUUCUAAUCCAGGAGUCGGUCCACUACCACUUGCUCAAGACACGUUAACUGAUCUCACUUCAAAAAUGACCAUGCAGUCCUCAGCGGUACAUCCUACCAUUUUGGCAACUACUUCCAAUCAGCGGGAUAAAAGAAAUGCUAACACGACAGAAACAAAUCCAGAUGGUGCUUCGUCCGUUAAAUGCAUUAAUGACGCUGAUAUUAUGAGUACUCAAGGAACGCAGCCAGAUUGUGAAACUUCAAUCAAGGUCUCCUUUGUUUGGAUCGACUCUCCUGACGCCAUCUUUUUUCGCACGGCAGAUAUGCAGAGUCAAUUCCAAGAUCUGCGUUGUAAAUUUAAGAAACACUACGGAGGACGCAAGAAACGUUCCCAAGGGGACUUUGAUAUUGGUUAUCGUUGCGCCGUCAAGGCAGAUAAAUUGUGGUGGCGCGCUGAGGUUGUGUGCGUGGAAAAUUUUCCUUCAUGUAAAGUCUCUUUAGUUGACACUGGAUAUCAACGCACAGUUAACGCGAGAGACAUUUACCCUUUGACAAAUGAAUUCGACGAAAUCCAACGCCUAAUACUAAUGUGUUCGUUGUGUGAUGUCUAUUCUGGGACUAGCGAUGGAAAGUGGAAAGAUGAAACCAUCAACUAUAUUCGUGACCGACUUAUGGGAUCUGAAGUAAUUCAUAUUUUAAAACGAGGUCCAGAGUCGAAAUGUUCGCCCCUUCCAAUAAUGUGUUUGUACGAAUACGAUGUGGAAGCCGGGGCAUUACAAAGUCCAGGCGUGACACGGAUCAACCUUAACGAAGAGCUCGUUGAAAUGAGAUUAGCUUUUCACUCUUCCAAACCUUCGCCAGUUCAAAAACUUGUUGCUAAAAUUCCGACAUGGAAAUUGCCGGAAUCACCAAAGCUUGACUCAACAUUUUGGGGGUUGGUGACGUGGGUCAAUUUGGAAGCAGAGAUCUUCUUGCAUGAUGUGAAAUUUACAGAAAAAUUGAAUGAGAUUUCCAAAUGGCUAAACGAUGCCUACAUGGAUACAGAGCCUUCACUUGCCGAUCUUAACUGCAGUCCAGGAGAUCUCUGCAUAGCAAGAUACGAAGUUGACAAACAAUGGUGCCGCGGUAUCAUAAAAAGGAUUGUUCAACCCGGAAUUGUGGAGGUGUUUUUUGUCGAUUAUGGCACAUUGGAUGCGGUAGACUGUCGUUACAUUCGACUGAAAAUCAUGCUUGAAGAAGUUCCCGUUACUGCAAUAAGCUGCAAACUUUUCAACGUUCGACCUUUAGCUAACACCGAUGGAAAAUUGGAGUGGCCAGAGGAAAUGCUUAACAAAGUUCAUCAAGAGAUUGUGGAAAGAGAAUUUCGAAUUAACGUCAAAGGCAGAGGCCGCCCACUGCCAAUCGUGAUGUUGACCGACAGACAGCAGUCGUAUUCGGAUCUAUUAGUUCAACGAAAUUGGGCGGAGAACAUCGAUCCAAGUUUAAAAAGUAGAAAAAAAAAGAAGCAAGGAAAGAAGAAGUAAAUGAAAAAUGUAGUUCAAUUCCUGUACUACUCAUGUUUUUUCUUUUUUUUUUUUGUUUAUCAUUUCUCAUCCAGCUGGAUUAUCUCUCACUUUCAGUUUAACAAAUUUCUGUGAUCAAGAAGACAGAAGGAAAUUCUGGUCUGGUUUUAUGUUUGUUUUGUUUAAUGCAAGAGCACAUUACUAAUUAUUGGCUCUUUUUGGAAAUUUGUUUUUGGAGAAGUUAGGAAAUUGAAGUCGAGCUUUUUUCCCGUUAAUAUGGUUAGACACCCUAGCUCUCCGUCAAACCAAGAUCCUUCUCCAGUUUAAACUUUUUUGUGUUGACAUUGAUGUAAUCAAAUGUAUUCAAAUGUUUUGAACCAAGAUAAUACAACUUUUUUCAUAUAA